AUGGAGGUGAUUGCCACGGCGCACGGCGGGCCUGAGGUGCUCGCGGUUCGUCCGUCCUCGCACACCCCCGACGCAACGCAGCUGGAGGAGGGUCAGGUGCUGGUGCGCAACGCCUACGCUGGCGUGAACUUCAUCGACACCUACUUCCUUUGCGGCCUCUACAAGAAGCCGGCAAUGCCGUACGUCGUGGGCGAGGAGGGCGCCGGCGCGGUCGUCAAGGUCGGCGCCGGCGUGCCGGAGUCGAUGCUUGGAAAGCGUGUCGCCUAUUUCGGUGGUGCCGGCUGCACCGGCAGCUACGCCGCCUUCACAGUGGCGCCAGCGUCUGCGCUGCGCGAAGUGCCGGAUGGGGUGACGGACGCGGAGGCGGCGGCGGUGAUGUGCCAAGGCCUGACGGCACACUAUCUGGUGGACUCCAGUUACCCGUGUGGCCCGGGCUCGACGGUGGUGGUGCACGCUGCCGCCGGCGGGACGGGGCUUCUUGUGUGCCAGAUGGCGAAGCUGCGCGGUGCGCGCGUGAUCGGCAUCUGCGGUGGUGCGGAGAAGGCGACGCUGGCGAGGUCGGUAGGCCGCGCGGACGUGGUGAUCGACUACGUGGCGACGCCGGACUGGGCGCCGCUGGUGCGCGCGGCUGCGCCGCAGGGCGUCGACGCAGUGUACGACGGUGUGGGCCAGGCGACCUUUGCCGGCAGCCUCUCGGUGCUGCGGCCGCGCGGCUACAUGAUCACAUUCGGCAACGCGAGCGGCGCGGUGCCGCCAGUUUCGCCAUUGGAGCUGUCGCGCGCGGGCAGCGUGUACCUGCAGCGCCCGACGUUGGGCGACUUCAUGCGCACCCCCGAGGAAGCGCAGCGCCGCACCUCCGAGGUGUUUGGGUGGGUGGCGUCGAAGCAGGUGCAGCUGACGAUCGGUCGUGAGUACCCGUUGCAUGAAGCGCCACAGGCGCUCACGGACCUGCAGUCGCGCAAGACAACGGGCAAGCUGCUCUUGACGUGCAUGGACUGA